ACCAGUUGACCACCCAUCAACGUUUCAUCAAAAUCUGCUUCCAAAACACGCACCGCAACACGCAAAACAGAAGACACCGUCUCGCCACCAUCAACAUGCCUAUCCGCGUCCCCAAGCUCCCCAACGCCAAGCGCUCCGAAGUCCUUCUCAUCGGUGCCGCUGGCGUCGGCGUCCUCACACCACUCUACAUGAUUAUGCCAGGCGCCGAGGAGCGUCUCUCCACACAAACCACCAAGUGGGCGCCCCGGUGGGAGAAGAACAUUUCGUACUUCACACCCGGCGUCGAGAAGGGCGUGCAAAGGGUCGAGCCACCCAUCUCUAGGGCUGUCCAGCGCAUGGAUGAGCGACUGCCUCUCGAGAGAAUGGCCAAGAGCGUGCACACGGGUAUUGGGAAGGGCAUCGAGAGGUUCGGUGGCCCAAAGGUGCCACCGACACCCGCUGUUUGA